AUGGCAGAUAUCACAGCUCUCUACGCAAACCGAUACUUCGACGACGAAGAGAAAAGAGACUGGAACGCACCACCACCUGCAUCACCUCCAGACUACAAGGAAGCCCUAGCUCGCGAGCAUACCAUAGUCCGAAAUCGACAGAUAAUCUUCUUCGACAUCAUGCGACUCGUGAUCUGUAUCGGGAUAACCUUAGAGGUAUUAUAUUACUGGGCAACUGACAAUUCCUUGUCGGGGCUCAACAUCAGUCCUAACGGACUCCUAAUCCUUUCCGUCGUGUACUGUGUAUUUCAAUGGAUCGCAUUUUAUUGCACUGCUGUUUACGGAGGGCCAGUACUGGAAGAGAAGAACCUAAAACUGUCACAAAUCCUUAACGCGACAUGUUUACUUUGCUCUGUCUCAUGUUCGUUUUGCGCCUUGGUUGUGGCUCUCCUUGGGUUAUGCGUUGCAGUAGAUUCGCCUUAUGGAAGGUACUACUACUGUUGA